CGCAGCAAGAAACACAUUUCAGGUGUCUUGUCCGCCGUUUGUGUUGUUCAACUCCCCAUCCCCCUCCUCCCUACGUUACGAACCCUGAUUAUCAGUGUCAAUCAAGAUGCCUGGAGCUGUAAAAGGGCCUCAGACGCUCUACGACAAAGUCUUCGAAAGCCAUAUCGUCAACGAGCAAGACGAUGGCACCAUCCUCUUGUACAUCGACCGUCACCUCGUGCACGAAGUGACCUCUCCCCAAGCCUUCGAAGGCCUGACCAACGCCGGUCGCAAAGUGAGGAGGCCCGACUGCACCCUCGUCACCACCGACCACAAUGUGCCCACCAGCCCACGCAAGAACUUCAAGGGCGUGAGCGACUUUGUCAAAGAAGAGGACUCGCGCAUUCAAUGCGAGACGUUGGAGCAGAAUGUCAAGGACUUCAAGCUCACCUACUUUGGCCUGGGAGACAAGAGGCAAGGCAUUGUCCACAUCAUUGGUCCCGAGCAGGGCUUCACCCUUCCCGGCACCACGGUGGUGUGUGGUGACAGCCAUACCAGUACCCAUGGAGCCUUUGGAGCAUUGGCUUUUGGCAUUGGCACCAGCGAGGUGGAGCACGUCCUCGCAACGCAGACCCUCCUUACGAACCGCAGCAAGAACAUGCGCGUGCAGGUCGAUGGCCAGCUCGCGCCUGGUGUGAGCAGCAAGGACAUCAUCCUCCAUGUCAUUGGCAAGAUCGGCACAGCCGGUGGCACUGGGCACGUAAUCGAGUACUGUGGAAGUGCCAUUCGCGACCUCAGCAUGGAAGCACGCAUGUCCAUCUGCAACAUGAGCAUCGAGGGUGGUGCACGUGCCGGCUUGGUGGCUCCGGAUGAGACGACGUUUGAAUAUCUCAAAGGCCGCCCGCUCGCACCCAAGCCCGACAGCGCAGAGUGGAGGAAAGCCGUCAAGUACUGGGAAAGCCUGCGCACCGACGACGACGCCAAAUUUGACGUGGAGAUCUUCAUCGAUGCGAAGGACAUCGAGCCGACCGUCUCCUGGGGCACCAGCCCUCAAGAUGUUGUUCCCAUCACCGGCGUUGUACCCUCUCCGGACGACUUCAAGGACAAGAACGGGAAAGAGGCUUGCGAGCGUGCUUUGAAGUACAUGGGAUUGACGGCUGGAAUGAAGAUGACCGACAUCGAACUCGACAAGAUCUUUAUUGGAUCGUGCACGAACUCCCGGAUAGAGGAUCUUCGCAUCGCGGCGCACAUUGUCAAGGGCAAGAAGAUUGCUCCCAACCUCAAAGAAGCCAUGAUCGUCCCUGGCUCGGGUUUGAUCAAGAAACAAGCCGAGGCUGAGGGCUUGGACAAGAUCUUUACUGACGCCGGAUUCCAAUGGAGAGAAGCGGGGUGCUCGAUGUGUCUUGGAAUGAACCCCGACAUGCUCUCCCCCAAGGAGCGAUGCGCGAGUACGAGCAAUCGUAAUUUCGAAGGUCGUCAAGGUGCUGGCGGCCGCACGCACUUGGUGUCGCCUGCCAUGGCUGCCGCGGCCGCUUUGGCUGGUAAGCUGGCUGAUGUUCGGAAAUUGGACGACUACGAGCAAGCUUUGCCAAAGUCCAAGUCGGCGCCAUCCCACAUCAAGCCCGAAGUCGAUGAGUCGGAUUCGGAUGUCGACCUCGACAAGAUUCUCGACCAACCGGAAGAUGGCACGGGCAAUACGGUCAAGACGGGAGCGCCGUCCACCGGUGGCAUUGCACCAUUCACCCAGCUCAAAGGAAUUGCGGUUCCAUUUGACCGAAACAACAUUGACACCGAUGCAAUCAUUCCCAAGCAAUUCCUCAAGACCAUCAAGAAGGCGGGUCUGGAAAAGGGUCUUUUCUAUGCGUGGCGUUGGAAUGAGGACGGAAGCAAGAAUGACAGCUUCAUCCUCAACAAAGAACCCUACACCAAGGCCAAGAUUGUGGUGUCUUACGGCGAGAACUUUGGCUGUGGAAGCUCUCGUGAACACGCACCCUGGGCCCUGCUGGAUUUUGGCAUCAAGUGCCUCAUCGGCAAGUCGUUUGGCGACAUCUUCCGCAACAACACCUUCAAGAACGGCAUGCUGCCCAUUGUCAUUGAGGACGACAAAGCGCUGAGACAAAUCUAUGAUGACGCCGUCGCCGGCAAAGAAAUCGAAGUGGAUUUGGAGCAAAACUCGAUCAAAGACGCGGACGGCAAGGAAAUCACCAAGUUCGAAAUCGACAGCUUCCGACGCCACUGCUUGAUCAAUGGCCUGGACGACAUUGGCUUGACGAUGGAGAAUGGGGACAAGAUUGCCAAGUUUGAGAAGAAGCGGUCGGAGGAGACGCCGUGGUUGGAUGGCAGUGGGUAUUUGAGUCGGCAUCGUACUGGGGCUGUCAAGGUGGAGGCGGCGCCGGUACCGAAGACGAAUCGCGGGGAGGUGAAGGAGGAGCCUUUGCAGUGGUAGACGGGGGUGAAGACUAUGUGACGCUGGGCAAAAUAUAGUGAUGAGUGUGUCAGGUUUGAACAAGUAUUGUCUCAUUCACGUCCAUCAGUCAGUUGAUUGCAUCGAGUUUGCGUGUUCAGAGUGAAUGAACUGGGGGGACGAGCAGGUGAAGUCGACGGCAAAUCAUUUAGCCGAGCCGGGCGACGCCGCCUUCGUUGGACUUCCAUCGUCCACAUCAUCAC